AUGGGCAUAGGCCGCCAACAAAGUCUCUCCAGGCAUCCCACAGUCUUCAACAAUAAUGAGCUGCUCAGGAUUGUGAUGGUGGGGAAGACUGGAGCUGGGAAGAGCGCCACAGGAAACACCAUUCUGGGACAAAAGUGCUUUAAAUCAGAAUUCUCCCCUAAAUCUUUGACAGAACACUGUGAAAAGGUCUUUGGUGAGGUGGAUGGACAAAAGAUUGCUGUUAUCGACACUCCAGGCCUGUUUAACACCAGGAACACUGAAGAGAAAACAUCUAAAGAAAUUGCCCAGAGCAUUUCUUAUGCUAUACCUGGGCCUCAUAUCUUCCUAAUAGUCAUCAAACUAGGCAUAUACACAGAGGAUGAAAAGCAGACGGUGCAGAAGAUUCAGGAAAUCUUUGGUGAGGAAGCCAACAAAUACAGCAUGGUUCUCUUUACCCAUGGUGACCUGCUCAAAGGGCAAACUAUUGAGAAGUUCUUGAAGGGCAGCAAAGAUCUGCAGGACCUUGUGGCCAAAUGUAACGGCCAGUACCACGUGUUCAAUAAUGAGGUGGAGGAUCGUUCUCAGGUCAGCAAGCUGCUCAAGAAGAUAAGAAAUAUAAAUAAGCAGAGUGAAGGAAGCUACUACACCAAUGAAAUGGCAGAGAGAGUGAUAGAAGAGGAGAAAGAAUGA